AUGAACUUUGUGUACACGAAACAUUCCACAACGCAUGGGAAGACUUCGUGGCGAUGCGUCCAAUACUUCUCACUAAACCGAUGUCCAGCAACUGUAGAAACAAUAGAUGCAAUGAUAUAUGCUGUUAACCAUCAACAUAAUCAUGAGGAUUGUUAUGAGAAAUUGUCAAAAAAUAAUAUUUAUGAAAUGAAUGUCUCUCCAAAGUGA